UACUUUUAUCUCAUAAGUACAUAUGUUGCAAGGUCUUUCAAUUGUUUAAAAAUAUUUUGACCAUAAAGAAAGAUUCCCUGCUGCUGGUUUUACACCCUUUACAGGAAAACAAAUUCCCGAGUCUUAAGAAAAACUCAUUAAACUAAAGGAUGCACAGCGAACCAUUCCUUAUACAAUAUAAAAUUCAUAUAGAUGCAAGCUAUGCGCUGUACGCGUCUGUCUCUUUAGAUAUUGCUAUCUUUGCAUCUAUAGUAUCAACUUUUGAGUUGGCACCAAAAUAAGUUUAUCCUCGACAUUAAUCGAGGCUAAUACUUUGUAAACAUACAGGCAUAUAUUACUUCUGUCAUUAGUUGUGUGACAGGCAGAAUGAAACACCAAUUUUUUUAAUCUUCCCUCCAGCCAAACCCAGGCUUUUCUCAAGUCUCAAUUCUCGAAUGUCAACCCUGCAACUUCUUCCUGGUCUGUCUCUUUACAUAGACAAAGGCAACUCCUGAUAAAUUCAGCACAACAUAACAUCUCUUUCUCUCUGAGACAAACAGAAACAUUCACAUUUUCUUUGUCUCAUCCUCUCCAAGAUGGGCGAAGACAACAAACCCUUCUAUCGCCUGCCGUUUCUUCUCCUCUCAAUCUUCCAUCUCGUCUCUGUCGUCAUCUCUGAUGAUGCCUUUGUCAUGAACAAGCUUGCCGCCUCUCUCAAGCCGACUCCAUCCGGCUGGUCAGGCUCCGACCCUUGUAAAUGGACCGGCGUUAAUUGUGACUCCAACCAUCGAAUCACAGCCAUCAACCUUGCAUCCAGAUCUCUCUCCGGAACUCUUCCUUCAGAUCUCAAUCAACUCAGCCAACUCCAAAUCCUCUCCCUCCAAAACAACAUAAUCUCAGGGCCCUUGCCUUCUCUUGCCAACCUCACCAACCUUGAAGAAGCCUUUCUAGAUAGGAACAACUUCACCUCCGUCCCACUUUCAUUUUUUGUCGGACUCGAAAGCUUGCAAGUUCUCAGUCUCGGUGAGAACUAUAAUCUCGCGCCAUGGUCAAUACCUCUAGAUCUCGUUCAAUCCUCGAGUUUGGUCACCUUUUACGCAAGCAAGGCCAAUGUAGUGGGUAUGAUUCCGGACAUUUUUCGUUCGUUUCCGAAUUUGCAGUCUCUCAGGCUUUCUUACAACAGAUUAACGGGUCCUCUUCCGCCCUCUUUCAACGGCUCUAAUAUUCAGAACCUUUGGCUGAACAAUCAGGAUUAUGGGUUGUCAGGAACUAUUGAAGUGCUCGGAACAAUGGCUCAGCUUACCCAGGUCUGGCUCCAGGGAAACAAGUUAUCGGGUCUGAUCCCAGAUCUUUCAGCCUGUACUUCGCUCUUUGAUCUUCAGCUCCGUGACAAUCAAUUCACCGGAGUAGUACCCACUACGUUAAUGUCCCUUCCCAGCUUGCUUAAUGUGUCAUUGUCGAAUAACAAGCUGAUGGGUUCAUUCCCAGAAUUCAACUCCAAUGUGCAGGCCAUAAUUGGAGGGAUCAAUAACUUCUGCAAUUUGAAGCCCGGUUCAUGUGAUUCUCAGGUGACAGCACUGAUCGCCGUCGCCGGUGGCUUUGGUUACCCCAUGACCUUGGCGGAUGCUUGGGAUGGUAAUGAUCCAUGCCAUGGUUGGCGCUUUAUUACUUGCGAUACAAAGAACAAAAAUGUUACUGUAAUCAACCUUGCAAAACAGCAUUUAUCUGGGAAGAUCUCACCUGCCAUUGCAAACCUUACUUCAUUGAGGGAUUUGUUCCUGAAUGACAAUAAUCUCACUGGCCCAAUACCAGACGCAUUGACAACUUUGCCUCAGCUGCGGGUCCUUGAUCUCUCCAACAACAAUCUCACUGGAAAAAUACCAGCUUUUCCAGAAAGAGUGACAGUGAGCAUUUCAGGGAAUGCCCUGCUUGGACAUAAUUCAAUCUCAAGUGAAGAGGGAGGAGGAAGCACAGAUACCCUUUCAAGUGCUAAUUCACCUGGUGGAAGUCCAAAAUCUCCUUCCUUCUCACCUGCAAUAUUUGCUGGUACAGUUGUUGUUUUGGUUUUCCAUGUAUUGCGUUUUUAGUUGUUGAAGAUCGCCACACCGCGAGGACGUACAGCAGAAAGUUGGUACAAGUUGAAAUCCUUCCUCAAAAUAUGUAGGAAACAAAUCCAAUUCUUUCAAGGUGGGAACGUUGUUAUUCCUAUUGGGUUCUUCUUCAACAGGUAGUGGGAAGCUUCAACGAGAACUUGUUGGGUCAAAGUGAAUCCGGAGUUAAUGUUUUUCCAUAUAAUGGACUGAGUCUACUGCAUUAAUGGGUACCAAGUUAAAGGGGGUGAUGAAGAAGUUUCAGGCAGUGAUUUCAAUUCUCACAGUGGUUUGUUCGCAUAUGCAUUUGGUCACUCUUUUGGGUUCUUCAUAAUCAUCAUCAAUGGCAUGAAAGGAGAGCUUUUUGCUUUUUGGUGUAUCAGUGUUGUGUCAAGAGUGUAAAGGUUGACAUACAGGUUGUUCUUGUAAAUUGAAAUAUGAGGUUUGUUAUUUUUUUAA